ACUCAACCUCAAUUAGUUAUUCGAAUUACUCUAAGGAGCGACUUUUUCAGCAUUAAAAUGACGAACAAUGAUUUGGAUACGCAUUUGAUAAAAUGCAUUGGUCUCCUAUACGAGAGUCGAAAGCUUCGCAAAGGCGACCCCGUCCCUUUGCAAUAUGUAUUAGAGGAAGCAAUUUUCCAAAAAACUGGGGUGGUUAAGGAUUACACAGACAUGUUUCAAUCCCUGCUUCCACCCAGGGAAAAUGAUAAUUCCACAAGUAAUAUGUACGAAGAUAAAGGUAGCAACUCCGACAAUGAUUUAGAAUUGGACCUUCUGAAAGAAGAUCUCAUGUGUGUCGUGUGCAACAAAAUGGACGUAGGCGCUCGCAAUCGACUACUCGAAUGUUCCGAUUGCCACGCCCUGUAUCAUCAGGAGUGUCACAGGCCUGUGGUGACGGACGAAGACUUUUUGGAUACAUGGACUUGUUCCAACUGUAAAUCUAUUAGUAAGAAGUUAAAAAUCAGCGAAAAAGAUCACGGGUCCAGGAGCUUGUCUUCAAAGUCCGGCAGCAGCAGCCACAGACACGGCAGCUCAUCGCACAAGUCAUCCAGUGACAAGUACAAAGUUAGCAAGUCUCCAUCGUCUUCCAGUAGUAGCAGCGGCAGCUCGAAAGGUGUAUCGCCCAAUCACUCGUCCUUGAGUAGCUCAAGGCUCAACACCGACGAAAAGAAAACGAGCAAAAGCAAAUCUACGAAAGGGUCCGAAAAAAGAAAACACGAACAUUGAAUUUAUAAACAAAAUCUCAAACCUGCCUUAGUUUCACCUCAGAAUG